CUCGUUCGGUAGGGGGAGAUUGGUGUGUCUGUGAGAACAGCUCCACCAGGCUCCCCAUCAUCAGUCGCGCUGUUUCAUCGCUUCCUCUUAUUUCUGCACCGUGAAGUGAACGGCUCGGAUUGCUUAUCGGUGCCAGGGCUUGUUCUCGUUUUUACGGGCCUCAGCAGAGCAACGCUGCAGGGUUUAUCAGAUUUUUACUCUGGUUUCCUCGUCUCCAUUUUUUGAUUCUGAAACCCAUCGACAUCCGUAUUCUGCAGCUUGAACAGAUUUCCUAAAACAAAAUGUUGGAUCCAUCGUCCAGCGAGGAGGAAGGAGAUGAGAUCGUAGAGGAGGAAAGCAGAGAGGUGAUGGCACCGCAGGCCGGAGCUCGGCUGUCUCCUAGCCGGACCAGCGACAGCUCCGGUGGGCUACAGCCCAGUAGCCGGAGCAGUAGUGCCCGCCCGUCCAGCCCUAGUCCGUCGGUAGUGAGUGAGAAAGAAAAGGAAGAAGUGGAAAAAAUGCAGAGGGAGGAAGAGGAACGAAAGAAGAAGCUGCAGCUAUAUGUGUUCGUGAUGAGGUGCAUUGCCUACCCGUUCAAUGCAAAGCAACCGACUGAUAUGGCGAGGCGACAGCAGAAGAUAAGCAAGCAGCAGCUGCAGACGGUGAAGGAUCGUUUCCAAGCUUUCCUCAACGGAGAGACGCAGAUUGUGGCAGAUGAGGCCUUCAUCAAUGCAGUCCAGAGCUACUAUGAGGUGUUCCUGAAGAGCGACCGCGUGUCCAGGAUGGUGCAGAGCGGGGGCUGCUCGGCCAACGACUCCCGCGAGGUCUUCAAGAAGCACAUCGAGAAGCGCGUGCGCAGCCUGCCGGAGAUCGACGGGCUCAGCAAGGAGACGGUGCUGAGCUCCUGGAUGGCCAAGUUCGACACCAUCUACCGCGGCGAGGAGGACCCGCGCAAGCACCAGCAGCGCAUGACGGCCAGCGCCGCCUCCGAGCUCAUCCUCAGCAAGGACCAGCUGUACGAGAUGUUCCAGCAGAUCCUCGGCAUCAAGAAGUUCGAGCACCAGCUCCUCUACAAUGCCUGUCAGCUGGAUAACCCAGAUGAGCAGGCUGCCCAGAUCAGAAGAGAGCUGGAUGGGCGACUUCAGAUGGCUGAUCAGAUCGCCAGGGAAAGAAAGUUUCCCAAAUUUGUGUCCAAAGAAAUGGAAGCCAUGUAUAUUGAGGAACUCAAGUCCUCGGUCAACCUGCUGAUGGCCAACCUGGAGAGCAUGCCGGUGUCCAAGGGUGGCGACUUUAAACUGCAGAAGCUGAAGAGGGGCCACAACACCUCCAUCAUCGACAUGGGCCAGGAGGAUGAGAACCAGCUCUCCAAGUCUGAUGUGGUGUUGUCCUUCACUCUGGAGGUUGUGAUCAUGGAGGUGCAGGGGUUAAAGUCUUUGGCUCCAAACCGCAUAGUUUACUGCACAAUGGAGGUGGAAGGAGGACAGAAGCUCCAGACUGACCAGGCAGAGGCCUCCAAACCCACCUGGGGGACUCAGGGGGACUUCACCACGACCCAUCCCCUUCCUGCUGUUAAGGUGAAGCUGUUCACGGAGAGCACGGGUGUCCUGGCGCUGGAGGACAAAGAGCUGGGCAGGGUUGUCCUGCACCCAACUCCCAACAGCCCCAAGCAAUCUGAAAUACAUAAAAUGCAGGUGUCCAAAGCCUGCCCUGACCAUGACCUGAAGAUCAAGCUGGCCAUCCGAAUGGACAAGCCGCAAAACAUGAAGCACUGUGGGUAUCUCUGGGCAAUUGGGAAAAAUGUAUGGAAGCGAUGGAAGAAGAGAUUCUUUGUCUUGGUGCAGGUCAGUCAGUACACCUUUGCCAUGUGCAGUUACAGGGAGAAGAAGGCAGAGCCACAGGAGCUACUCCAGCUAGACGGAUACACUGUGGACUACACCGACCCCCAGCCAGGUCUGGAUGGCGGCAGGACUUUCUUCAAUGCCGUGAAGGAGGGAGACACUGUGAUCUUCGCCAGCGAUGACGAGCAGGACCGGAUCCUGUGGGUUCAGGCCAUGUACCGGGCCACUGGUCAGUCCCACAAGCCCGUCCCGCCCACCCAGGUCCAGAAGCUCAACGCCAAGGGGGGGACGGCGCCCCAGCUGGAUGCGCCCAUCUCCCAGUUCUCUGGACUCAAGGAUGCGGACAGAGCGCAGAAACACGGGAUGGAUGAAUUUAUCUCCGCUAACCCGUGUAACUUUGACCACGCCUCGCUCUUCGAGAUGGUGCAACGGCUCACCCUGGACCACAGGCUCAAUGAUUCCUACUCGUGUCUGGGCUGGUUCAGUCCAGGCCAGGUGUUCGUCUUGGAUGAAUACUGUGCCCGAAACGGAGUGAGGGGUUGCCAUCGACACCUGUGCUAUCUCAGUGACUUGCUGGAGCGGGCGGAGAACGGAGCCAUGAUCGAUCCCACCCUCCUGCACUACAGCUUUGCCUUCUGUGCGUCCCACGUCCAUGGAAACAGGCCAGACGGAAUAGGCACCGUAACGGUGGAGGAGAAAGAGCGAUUCGAAGAGAUCAAAGAGCGAUUGCGUGUGCUCCUGGAGAAUCAGAUCACACACUUCAGGUAUUGCUUUCCAUUUGGUCGUCCGGAAGGAGCAUUAAAAGCCACUUUGUCUUUACUAGAAAGGGUCUUAAUGAAAGAUAUUGUAACCCCUGUUCCACAAGAGGAGGUCAAAGCUGUCAUCCGCAAAUGCCUGGAGCAAGCAGCUUUGGUCAACUACCAGCGACUCUCAGAGUAUGCCAAAGUUGAAGGGAAAAAGAGAGAAAUGUAUGAGCAUCCUGUCUUCUGCUUGGCGUCUCAAGUGAUGGAUUUAACCAUUCAGAACGUAGGCCGCUUAGUCACACCUGCGAAAAAGCUGGAGGACACCAUUCGUCUGGCCGAGCUGGUCAUCGAGGUGCUGCAGCAGAACGAGGAGCACCAUGCAGAGGCUGCAGUCACAAGUACGGGAGAUCAAUCGGGGAAAGAGGCCUUUGCCUGGUGGUCAGACCUGAUGGUGGAGCAUGCGGAGACGUUCCUGUCACUCUACGCUGUGGACAUGGACGCCGCUCUGGAAGUCCAGCCCCCGGACAGCUGGGACAGCUUCCCACUCUUCCAGCUGCUCAACGACUUCCUCCGGACUGACUAUAACCUGUGUAAUGGGAAAUUCCACAAACAUCUGCAGGAUCUCUAUGCUCCGCUUGUGGUUAGAUAUGUGGACCUGAUGGAGUCGUCCAUUGCACAGUCAAUACAUAGGGGCUUUGAACGCGAGUCGUGGGAGCCUGUAAAGAGUUUAACAAGUAAUCUGCCCAAUGUGAAUCUUCCAAAUGUGAACCUUCAAAUUCCAAAAGUACCAAAUCUACCUGUACCAGUUAACCUCCCACAAAUGCCUAGCUUUUCUACUCCGUCAUGGAUGGCCGCUAUAUAUGACUCUGAUAAUGGCUCUGGGACCUCGGAGGACCUCUUUUGGAAGCUGGACGCCCUGCAGACAUUCAUCAGGGACCUACACUGGCCAGAGGAGGAGUUCGCCAAGCACCUGGAGAGCCGUCUCAAACUCAUGUCCAGUGACAUGAUCGAGUCCUGUGUCAAAAGAACCAGGGCUGCUUUCGAGUCGAAGCUUCAGAAAAGCAGUCGGACAACAGAUUUCCGUGUCCCACAGUCAAUAUGCACCAUGUUCAACGUGAUGGUGGACGCCAAGGCCCAGUCUGCCAAGCUGUGUGCCAUGGAGCUCGGCCAAGAGAGACAGUACCAUUCCCAAAUCGACAAUCUCAUUGAAGAAACUGUUAAGGAGAUGAUCACUCUCCUGGUGGCAAAGUUUGUGGUCAUUCUGGAGAGCGUCCUGGCUAAGCUGUCCCGAUACGACGAGGGCACGCUCUUUUCCUCCUUCCUCUCAUUCACAGUGAAAGCCGCCUCAAAGUAUGUGGAUGUUCCUAAGCCAGGCAUGGACGUGGCUGAUGGCUACGUGACCUUCGUACGACACUCCCAGGACAUUCUGCGAGAUAAGGUCAAUGAGGAGAUGUAUAUAGAAAGGUUAUUUGAUCAAUGGUACACCAGCACCAUGAAUCUCCUGGGUACCUGGUUGACUGACCGCAUGGACCUGCAGCUGCAUGUCUACCAGCUGAAAAUUCUCAUCAGGAUUGUAAAGAAAAAGUACCGGGAUUUCCGACUGCAAGGUGUGUUGGACUCCACUCUGAAUAGUAAGAUGUACGAAACCGUGCGCAAUCGCCUGACACUGGAAGAAGCCACGGCUUCAGUCAGAGAAGGCGGCAUGCAAGGAAUAUCCAUGAAGGACAGUGAUGAGGAGGAUGAGGAGGAUGACUAGAGCAUCAGUGUUGGUGCCCUACUUUUGACCUUGCCUGGUAACCAAUGCAUGUACCAACUCUGUCGUUCAGUUAGCCACUCUAGGACUUUUAGACUGUCAUGUCUAAAUGCCCAUGAAGGAACAAUAACAAUUAAAGAAUAGUAAAAAAAAAAACAAAAAAAAAAAAACAAUAAUAAUAAUUAAAAAAUAAUAAUAAAGGUCAACAUUUUAGGUGUGUUAUAAUAAAGUUAGCACAGAUCUCUGACUCAUUGAUUUCUAAAUUCAUUUCUAUAUGUUCCUAAGCAAUAUGGAGUACCAUUUGUUUGAUAAUGUUGAGUGAAAUAAUUAGGAAUACUGCUAGGUGUGUCCCUGUUCAAUGCAAACCUAUAUGGCGCUUCUUUAACGUACUGUACAUACAUUGAUGGUACAUUGUUGUGAAAAUAAGUGUGUAAGCCCUUUUGUUUGUUUCAUUCAUUUUUAAGUGGAUGCCAACUGCUUACAAUAAAACCACCCACUGCAUUUAAGUUAAAUGAAAUGGUGUUCAUCUUCUGCACACUUAAUGUCGUUGUACCUCUCACAGUUUACUCUGUCGUUCAAGUCAACAUUCCGUGGCAUCACUGUUCUCAAACGAGACAUUUCUGAGACACUUUUUUUAUUGAAAUGAGUUGGUAUUUUAGAAAUGCAAUAUCCUCACAGCUCCAUUGUGAUAUCUUGUUAGAUGUCAGUAGUGAGCAUUUUUUCAUGUUUUAAGCCAUUUUUUUUAUUUCUAAACUGUUAUA